CCCUGUGGGCUGCUUCUUCCCACUGUCGAAGGUCAUGCAUCAGUCACAGCUUAGGCCGAAAAAGUAUCGUUUUUGAAUACUUGAAUUCUGGCGUGAGAGUAACUUUAAAGUGACGGGGCAUAUUAUUUUCAAAUUAUUUGGACCAUAUUGUGGAAUUUUGACUCUGGAAAAAUUGGUAACCCUUGCACUAUUGAAGCUGUCAUAGAUAUUGAACUUGGACUUUUUGAAUAUCGCCUCACUCUAUUUUAGUUGGGACCUAGAAUUUUCUUGAAUUGUGCAGAAAUUCAUCGAUAUUAACGAUGUUUGAGAAGAAUCUCAAUGAUCUUGUCAGAGGGAUCAGAAAUAACAAGAGCAAUGAGGCAAAGUACAUUAACCAAUGUCUGGAGGAAAUAAAGCAAGAAUUGAGGCAGGAGAACAUGAAUGUAAAGGCAAAUGCAGUCUCCAAAUUGAUCUAUCUGGAAAUGCAUGGCUAUGAUAUCUCGUGGGCAGCUUUCAACAUGAUUGAAGUCAUGAGCUCUACCAAGUUUACUCACAAGCGUAUUGGUUACCUUGCUGCCGCGCAGUGUUUCCAUGACGAACUAGAUGUGAUCAUGCUAACAACAAACUUGGUCAAAAAGGAUAUGGCCUCACAAAACCAAUACGAUGCUGGUGUUGCCAUGACAGGGCUGUCUGUAUUUAUCACUGCGGAUUUAGCCAGAGACUUGGCAAAUGAUGUUAUGAAUCUGAUGGUAUCAUCUAGACCGUACAUGCGAAAGAAGUCUGUUUUGCUGAUGUACAAAGUUUUCUUAAAUUUCCCAGAGGCUCUACGACCAGCAUUUCCCCGUUUGAAAGAAAAAUUAGAAGAUCAAGAUCCUGGUGUCCAAAGCUCAGCUGUAAAUGUCAUUUGUGAACUUGCUCGAAAGAAUCCCCGCAACUACUUGUCGCUUGCUCCACUCUUUUUCAAACUGAUGACAACGUCGUCCAACAACUGGAUGCUGAUCAAAAUUAUCAAACUGUUUGGUGCCCUGUGCCCUCUGGAACCACGACUUGGAAAGAAACUGAUGGAACCUCUUACGAACCUCAUACACAGCACUUCAGCCAUGUCGCUGCUGUACGAGUGCAUCAAAACAGUUAUUUCAGGUCUUUCGGACCACAUGCCAUCAAUACAGCUUUGUGUCAGUAAACUGAGGCUUCUCAUCGAAGAUCCAGAUCAAAAUUUGAAGUACCUUGGUCUUUUAUCAUUAAACAAGAUAUUAGCAACUGUCCCAAAAGCUGUCCAGCCUCACAAAGACCUCAUUCUUCAAUGUCUGGAUGACAGAGAUGAAUCAAUUCGAUACAGAGCUCUAGAUCUUAUUGUUGGAAUGAUUUCAAAGAAAACACUCAUUGAUAUCGUCAAGAAACUGAUGGCUCAUCUUCAAAGAGCUGAGGGUUCAGGCUAUCGUGAUGAACUUCUUGCGAAAAUUAUUCAGAUAUGCAGCCAAUCAAAUUAUCAAUAUGUUACCAAUUUUGAAUGGUACAUCGACUGUCUUGUCCAGUUAAGUUCUAUUGAAAACACGAAACACGGAAAGCUAAUUGCAUCGCAAAUGCUUGAUGUCUCUAUUCGAGUCAAAGCUGUUAGAAAUUACGCUGUUAAGAUGCUGUCGCAAUUGCUAGAGAAAAUCAACCUAUUGACCAGUGGAGCUCACAAGGAAGGCUUUUGCGAAGUCCUUUAUGCGGCUGCCUGGAUUUCUGGUGAAUUCUCGGACUAUAUUGAUGAUUUGAGAGGCAGACUAGAAUCGCUUUUGCACCAAAAAGCCACAUCACUGCCUGGUCACAUACAAGGAGUUUACCUUCAAAACAUUUUGAAGCUAUAUUCAAGAAUCAUAUCCAAAGCUGAAAAGGAGGGUGACAAGGACACUGUUAUCGAAGUUGGACAAAUGAUUCGAGACAAACUACCCAUGUUUGCUCAAAGUUCCAACCUGGAAGCCCAAGAAAGAGCAUGCUGUAUUUUGCAAAUUGUCAACCACGUACUGAAGUUAAAGGAAGCGGACACUGAGUGUGCUACGUUGCUGUCUCAGCUGUUUGCAGAAGAGCUUUUACCGGUGUCUGCGAAGGCGCAGAAGAAGGUUCCAGUACCUGACGGUCUCGACUUAGACAAAUGGAUCAACGAGCCGCAAUCUGAUACUUCAGAAGAUGAAAAUGAGGACCAGCCGGCUUUUUUUGCUGAUCAGAAAACAAAUGGUGUAUACGAAGAAGAUACAGCGAAAUACCAAGUUUUGUCAACUGUAGAACUGGAAAAGGCUCGUGAUAUGCGAAAACAGAUGCAAGCGAGCAACCCUCAUUACCUGAAAAUGGAUUCUCCAAAGAAAGAUGAAUACUCCGUGGAUGAUAUCCCAGUCGCCUCACUCGACCUGCCAGUUCCAUUACAUAUUGAGAAGAAAGGAAAAUCAAAGAAAGAUAAAAAGAAGAAGAGGAAGAAAGGAAAAGCACAUGCUGAAUCAAGCGAAGACGAACAAAAUCUUCCAUCAUACGAAGUAAUGGCCGUUGAAGGAGCUGAUGAUGACGAAGAAGAGCACAACCUCCCAGACACUGACCCGCACAAACAAUUGGAUAUUGACCUUGAAGCGCCAUUGGAGUCGCAUGAAGUUUUACCGGUCCGAACACACAGGGUCGUGGAUGAUAAAAAGGAGGAUGAGAAAACGGCGGUUGCGGCGGAACCCGAGGCACCUGUGAAAAAGAAGUCAAAGAAAACUAAGAAAGGAUCUGGAAAAGAGAAACAAAGCAAAAAGAGUAGGAAUAAAGAUGACGAAGGAAAAUCGUCACCAAGUAAGCAGUCGAAAGGGAAGUCAUCGAGUAUAAAGAAGCGGCGUACGAAAUCUCAAGAGAAAGACUCAAGAAAACAUGAUGCCCCAACCUCACCAACACCUUCUAAAGCAACAUUGUUAGCUCAAGCCGAGGAACUUAAGAGCCGUGGCAGCGACAAAGAUAUUUCAAAUACGAACAAUGGAGUCAGAGACAACGACCAGAAGAACCUUGACGAAAUGGAUUUCUGGCUCUCCCCAACCGAUGCUGCUCCUACGGCUCCCAAUGAACCCGAAGCCCCUAAGACGACGCCCAAGAAGAUCGAUGAACAACCAGUUCCAGAAGCGACCUUAGAGACGACUGAUGGGCCUGAAACACUAUCAAAGCCUAAGAAAACAAAAGAAAAGAAGAAAGAGAAGAAAGAAAGAAGAGAGAAAAAGAAAGGCAAAAAGAAUGCAGAAGAAGAAGAGGUUAAAAAAGAAGAACUCGAGGAAUCAUUGUUAAUGGGAACAGAUACCACGAGCGUCAAUCCCCACGCUCACUAUUCACUCUUGGGUGAGGAUUCAAACCUUCGAAUGGUAUAUGACAUUAAAGUUGACCCGAGGGAGAAAAACAAAGCUAUUGUAUCAGUGAUAUUCAGCAACCUGAGCGAAUCACAACUCAUAUCUUUGGAAUUCAACGUGAUUGACUCAUUAAACAUGAAAAUGCAUCGGAACAUUGGCGCUUCUUCACAUGAUCCGGUCAAGGUACCAUUCCAACUGCCAUCAGGUACCACAAAUGAGGGCCAGUUUGCAUUUUCAGUUGAAAGCAUUGCGAUGCCUCAGUGGCUACGUGGCACUAUAACAUACAUUGCAAAGGGUGAAGAUGGCUCUACAAGUGAAAAAAUUGAUUUCAAAAUCAAUUUUCCAGUUUCCUCAUUCAUCGUAGCAACGACAGUAGACAGGGGAUAUUUCGCUAAUCUGUUAGCUGGCGGUACCCUUACCGAAAAGCAGUCGGCGAGUCUUCAAGUAUCUAAUGACAUCGAAUUUGAUGACGUCAUACGAAAAAUUUGUUCCGAAAUUCACGCCUCAGUUGUAGAAAGAAUCGAAAUGAGUGCAUCAGUUUAUGGCUAUACUAUUCAACAUCACGAGAUAUUACUCCUGGUCAAGCAAAAGGGAAACGACAGCAUUUCCGUGGAUAUCAAAGGAACAGACUUUCAGUUGCUGAGCAGCAUAUUAAAUGAAAUCAAAAAUGUUUUUCAAACAUGAAAGACUUCAUCUAUCUUGUGAGAAAUGGAGUCACGUGUUGUUUGCUAAAUAUAUUAAUUUUAUAAUAAUUUUCAAAAUAGAUUAGUCACAUUUUGGUUUUUUGAAAUUCCUCUAAAUGCCAUAUUAUUAGAUUUGCUCUUCGAGA